AUCUCAGAAGACCCUACCAGUUGGGGAGCGCCCUGGUGCCCUGGUGGAAAGAGAGUAGCGGAUGUGCUGGUGCUUAGACCGAGCUUCCGAGGGCUUGCGGGGUCAUGGAGUCUCGCAAAUAGUCCAGUGGCUUAUGGACUACUCUGUGCAAGGGGCUGUUGCUUUGAUGAGGCUGCUGGCAUUUAUGGUGGCUCUCUUUGCUGUCACUCAAGCAGAGGAAGGAGCCAGGCUUUUGGCCUCCAAAUCACUGCUGAACAGAUACGCCGUGGAAGGGAGAGACCUGACUUUGCAGUACAACAUCUACAAUGUUGGCUCCAGUGCUGCAUUAGAUGUGGAAUUAUCUGACGAUUCCUUCCCUCCAGAAGACUUUGGCAUUGUCUCUGGGAUGCUCAAUGUCAAAUGGGACCGGAUUGCCCCCGCUAGCAACGUCUCCCACACCGUUGUCCUGCGCCCUCUCAAGGCUGGUUAUUUCAACUUCACCUCGGCCACUGUUACUUACCUGGCCCAGGAGGAUGGGCCCGUGGUGGUUGGCUUCACCAGUGCGCCUGGACAGGGCGGGAUCCUGGCUCAGCGGGAGUUCGAUCGGCGAUUCUCACCGCACUUUCUGGACUGGGCAGCCUUUGGGGUCAUGACCCUCCCCUCCAUCGGGGUCCCCCUGCUGCUGUGGUACUCCAGCAAGAGGAAAUACGACACUCCCAAAACCAAGAAGAACUGAGUGGGGUUUUCACAGCUCUCCCUUCCCAAGAAAUCCAGGUGCUUUCCGGACUCCAGAGGGUAUCUCAGAUGCAGUUGCCUCCCUGAGCCCUGGGCCACCUUCUCCUGGAUCCUGUCCUGCUCUCAACCAGAGUGACGGACUAGGCCUAGGAGCCAAGGAGAGCCUCCUUGGUUCCCUCUCGAAGCCAUACAAACAAGAAUGCUGUGAGCCUAGAGAGCCCUCUGGUGUGCCACUGAGGCACCCUGCGGUGUGCUGCUGGCGGUGUGAGCCCUCGGGUGAGGGAGGGUGCGCUCAGAGACUGCAUGACACCACCCCCAUCUCCUGCUUUAUCCUCCCUGAAGAGGGUAAAAGAUACAAUGAAGGCUGUGGGACUCCUGGAGGUUACCCAGUCUCUGGGUUAGGGAAGUGCUUACCAAAUGGGUUUUCUAAUAAAAACAAAUGCCACACUGA